AUGACAGGACGCGAGCCGCGCCCAUUGGCCAGAAGGGCUCGGGUGGGCGGGUCCCGCGUGGGGCGGGCGCUGCUCCCAUUGGCCAGAGCGCGGCGAGUGGGCGGAGCUUGCCGCGGAGGGGCUGCGGCCCCGCCCCCGGCCCGGCUCCGCCUCCGGCUCCGGCUCCGGUUCGCGGCCAUGCGGAAAGGGAGCGGGGGCGGGCGGGGGCGGCUGCGGACGCGGGGCGCCGAGUGCGGGGCCUCGCCGCCGGCGCGGAGCCGCCUGCCCCCGGCCCCGCUGCUGCUGCUGCUGCUGGGCCUGGCCGCGGCCGCGGGGCUCUACGUGGCCUGGGGCCCGGGCGGCGGCGAGGAGCGGGCGGGCCCGGCCCCGCCACGGGGGCACCCAAAGCUCCGCAGUCUUCCUCGGGCCCGGUUGCAGCAGUUCCUGAGCCAGCUGGAUGCGCGGCGUCUCUGGGGCACGUACCUGCGGCCGCUGCUGGUCGAGCGGAGCCCGGGCAGCCCCGGGAACCUGCGCGUCCGACAGUUCUUGGAGAGGGAGCUGCGGGCCCUGGGCGCCGGCUGGCACGUGGAGCUGGACGGCUUUUCCGCUCGCACCCCACGCGGGACCAUCCCUUUCGCCAACGUGGUGGCCACGCUGGCCCCCGAGGCCCCCCGCCGCCUGGUCUUGGCCUGUCACUACGACUCCAAGUACUUCCCGCCGGAAGAAGGGCCCUUCCUGGGGGCCUCAGACUCGGCCGUGCCCUGCGCCCUGCUCCUGGAGCUGGCCCGAGCCCUGGACCCCGAGCUCCGCCAGGCCAAGGAGGAGGGGUCCCCCAUGACGCUCCAGCUGCUGUUCCUGGACGGGGAGGAGGCGUUCGAGGAGUGGAGCCCCACGGACUCCUUGUACGGCGCCCGGCACCUCGCCCGGCGUAUGGAGAAGACGCCCCACGGCCCUGGCGCCUCCCAGCUGGAAGCUAUUGAACUGUUCGUGCUCCUGGAUCUGCUGGGCGCCCCUGGCCUCUCCAUCCACAGCCACUUCCCCCGCACGGCCUCCUGGUUCCAGCGGCUCGUCGGCAUCGAGAAGCGACUGCAUCGGCUGGGCCUCCUGGAAUCCCACCCCCGGGAGGAGUUGUACUUCCAGCAGGGGACUCCCUACGGCCCUGUGGACGAUGACCACGCGCCCUUCCUCCGCAGAGGGGUGCCGGUCCUGCACCUCAUCGCCACCCCCUUCCCCACGGUCUGGCACACGCCCGCUGACACGGAGGAGAACUUGGAUCCUCCCACCGUCCGCAACCUCAGCCGCAUCCUCGUCGUCUUCCUGGCCGAGUGUCUGGGCCUUUAGCGGCGUCCAGCACCAGAGCGGGAUAGCUCAGCCCGGGGGCCAGGACAGCCUCGGCCCUUCAGGUGGUCGCUGACCACCGCCGCCUCGACUCCCCUCGCCCCGGCCAGAGGACCAGAACUGCGGGGUCGCCCCUGGGCCGAGGGGGGCGAGGGCCAGCGGGAUUGCGGGAUUGGGGAAGCCUCCCGACUUGGUCUCAGCCAUUGCCCUGUUUGAAAAUAGAUUCCAUCGGUAGCUUCCAGCA